AUGAGGAGCUCUCAGGGUGGUGAUGGGCCUGGGAUACUGGCAGCCAAGUGUCCGAGCUGCCUCAAAUCGGUCUAUGCAGCCGAACAGGCCUUAGGACCGGGCGCAACGCCAUACCACAAGAGCUGUCUGAGAUGCACCCACUGCCACAAGGUCCUCGACCCAUUCAGCAUCCUCGAACACGGCUACGACCCCUACUGCAAGAUAUGCCAUUCGAAGGCCUUCGGGACCAAGGGCGUCGGCUUCGGGAACGCCGUCGUCGCCGAAUAUGCACCCCGCACGCCCUCCAACCCCGCCUCGCCCACCCAUCUCCCUCCCCCCUCGCCGAUCAUCCCCUCUGCUAGCAACUCUACGCGUGAAGAAGCAGAAGAAGAAGAACGGACCCGAGCAUGGUCCCCUCAGCAGCGCGUCCAACCUCACACCCCAUCGCAGCCGGCUCCACCCGAACUGAGUCCGGCUUGUAGUGGGGCCGACGAGCAAGAUUUCGAGCCCCCCUCGCUAUCCUCCCUCCAGAUCAUCGUCACGCCGCGACCCAAGCCGAGCGCGUCUCCGAGCGCCACCAGUCUGAGCAACGCCCCGGCCGGCCCACCGUCCCCGCACCAGGCCAGCCUUAAAUACCCACUCACCCCGCCGCCCAAGCCGCCCAAGCCCGUCCUGCCCUACCCCCCUGCCCGGGCGGCCUCCAGCUCGCCAUACAAUCCCCGCCCCGCCCCCGCCUUCACCCGGCCGGCAUUCGGCAUCGACGGACCCCAACGCUGUCCCGCGUGCUCACAGACCGUCUAUCACGCCGAACAAGUGCUCGCCAUCGGCAAGAAGUGGCACAAACGCUGUCUCCGAUGCGCCGUUUGCUCGAAGGCCCUCGACUCUAACUUCUCCGAACGCGCAGGUAAACCCUAUUGUACUAAGUGCUACGACGUCCACUUCGGUACCGGCGCCCAUGGCUUCGUUCUUAGAGCCGGCUUUGCUGCUAAAUAA